AUGAAGGACAAAUUCAACCGGGCUCGGAGUGAGCUCUAUCCCUCUCCCUCUCUCGGGCAAGAGGGUGACAAUAAAUCUCUUCAGAGACAGAGAGGGGGAGAGAGAUUGAUGGAGGAGACUCGCUACCGCUCCUAUGCAGGAGCUGGCUGCCAGAACCUAGACAUGGUGAACGUGAGGAGAUUAAGCGAAAACCGGACAAUGUACAUGGGGAGAUCUCAUUUGCAUCACUCAUGGUCAUGGGCUCCCUAUCCCAUGAAAACAAGACAAUGUGAUAUUCAAUUAAGCAUUGGUGGGAAGAAACCCAAAGAGAGGUCCUCUAAGCCAUCCAAAUUAUGGUGGAACGAUCCAGAGCUCAAGAGAAGAGGCCGAGUGGCCAGAUAUAAGUUGUAUGGCGCUGAGGGCAAGGUCAAGAGGUCUUUGAAGAAAGGUUACCGUUGGUUCAAGCGCAAAUGUCUCGAGAUUGUACUUCGUUGA